AUAUUCCUCCUCGCUCUAACGACGCGCCCCACACGAAAACCCAAAUUUGUGAAUUUUCUCUCUGGAGAUAAUGGCGAAGGCAUGCCAGAGACUUUUUUUGAGGCCAAAACCGGGUCCCAUGGACAGAUUCAGACUUGGGGUAUAUUUCCGUACAACGAAGAUAAUCUGGGACUUCGAUGGAAUCCAAAUGAUAUGGCCCACCAAUUCUCCUACGACAACCGCGGUGGAACACCCUGGCCUGAAAAUCAAUUCAUGGAUGUUCUAAAGGAUCGUAAGCGCGACCAGCUCAGCAAACUUGAUCUCGCAGACCUUGACAAGAAAGAUAUGUUCUUGCAAGAUGCCAAUGGCGACCCUCGCAUAUGGCGCCGGAUAGGCGUAUUCCAGGAUAAGGUCCUUUCGCCCAUUCUGAACUGGGUACGAAACCUCCACUGCUACACGUUCACGGAUCUCAGAGACGGCGCUGUAUUUGGUCCUGAGGACGCCAACGCAACAGACAUAAUGCAUAUCAACCAGGUUGGAUAUGUUUACCUUCCGGAUGACAAGUAUAUGCUCGCCCACUUGUUUUCAAAAGUGGGCGAUACGUUUGCGUACUUGUAUGACUAUGGGGACAAGUGGCACCACGAAAUCGAGAUCGAGAAAGUUUUUCCCGUCGAGGAGUCGUAUGGACGUGUUCAGAUACUCGAUGGCAAGGGCAUGUGCCCAGGUGAAAAUAUGAGAGGGUCGUACCAAUACCAAAACUUUCUCAAGGCCUACGACACUGAUUCGUACACCGAGCAAAAAGACGAGAAAUUCUUGAUUGCCCAAAUUACAAAGGCUUCAGCAAACCUCCUCUCUCUGUUCGACGUUGACGCCUUUGACGUCGACCAGGCUAACGAGCGACUCUCCGCAGCACUGAGUUCGCCCAACUCAGUCAGGGCGGGCAUGAAGGCAUUCACCAUGCCUAUCAACCCCAGCGCACAUGAUUCCAGGACGGGCAAACUCAAGAAAGGUCAGAGCAUUCAGCGCGAAUGGGACCACGAGAGCCAUGGAUAUUGGCAGGAGACAACGUCCAGCACGAAGGAUAAAAGAAGUCAGUCGGCUUGUGCUGCUUGUGGAAAGCCUGGUGGCCAGGAUCUUAAGACGUGCAGUGGUUGCAGGGCCAUUUUAUAUUGUUCUGCUGAGCACCAGAAGGUACACUGGAAAGAUGUACACAAAAAGCAGUGCUCUCGCAAGUAUCUCAAAAAAUGAUACCGUUCCAUAUCAAUGCUGGUAUAUCAUUCCUACAUGAAACAAAGUAUAAUAUAUGUUUACCGUAUCUUUGCAAUGUAAGCACGAAUAACUGUGGCCCAGCUCCCAGUCGGUGGCCACUGCGUCCAUCAC